ACUAAAGUUUUCAUUUCUCAUUAUCUUACUAAUUUCUUGGUUAAGUUCUAUUUUCACAACAUAAAUUAUGAUAGUCCAUGUUUUGAGAAUUGUCGGGUGUGAAGGUGAAGAGGAAGAUGAUGCAGCUAAAAAGAUCUUUAUAGCAGCUAAAUCAAUCAUCGAAUCUAUGAUUUACCAGAUCAAAGAGUAUUUCACACACGUACAAUCGAAGAUUGUAACGAGAUCAGUUCCUGAAAUUGUUAGGUUUAUCCUUUACGAGGUGACACCUAAACAAAUGAAGGAAGCCAACAAAAAACACAAAGCGAUAAGUAUAUCGGAUCCGGCUAAUGAGGGGGAGUCGUACAUGGAGAUGGUUUUACGUGUAGAAUGGGACGCUGAAAGAUCGAAGUGCUAUCAUAAAUGAAUUGAAGGAUCUUCAAAGAAGC